CGCUGGUUAUCAUGUAUGAGGGAUUUGAAGUUCUCACGGCGGUAUGAAGAAUAUGGUCUUCUGGGAUGCUACGCCGUGUAGUGGAGGCAGUGGGUUCCUCCGAAACGUUGAUACCACGUACGAAGCAGCACAGCGUCACAUCUCAGAAGAUCCUAAUCGUGAAGUUUUUUAUGGUAGAGGUUAAGAAUAUUGUGCGGAUCUGCAUACCAUACCUGUUUGUCCUCAAGGGACUGGAAGAAGGCAUUUCUCAGAUUGUAAAGAGAAGUAGAGAUGAGAGACAACUGUUUGUAUGGAAUUUCCCACUGGAUGUCACAUUCAAGAGUACAAAUCCUCAUGGCUGGCCACAGUUGGUUGUGAGUGUUUAUGGUUUGGAUAUAUUUGGCAAUGAUGUAGUACGAGGAUAUGGUUUGUGUCACUUGCCUAUUGCAGCAGGAGUGUACAAAAAGACAUUGGCCAUGUUUGUGCCUGAAUCAACAUCACUUCUACAGAAGCUAACUUGCUGGUUGACAGGACGACGUCCUGAGUAUGUAGAUUCACGCAUGCUUGCUCAAGGUGAAGGAAGGGAAGUGACACGGAUUCGAUCACAGGGACACAUGAGAGUUAGCUUCAAUGUGGUGACAAGGGAUCUUGCCCGAUUUGGAUACAAAAACCAUAGUACACAUGCCAGCAGUGUUGCUUGUACAGGACCAAGUCAGUGAUGUUAAAUGAAAUGUGAAAUGUCCACAUGGAGCAGCAAGAAGUUCUAGGAAGAACUAAUCGACUACUUUCCUUCGAUACAACACAGACCAUUUAGGAAAUGACUGUCCAAUGGUUCUUCCAUUGUUGCAUGUGUAUUCAUUUCUGUGAUAAUGUUUUUAUCAAGCCAUUGCCUAGCAAUGAUAGAGGAAUGCACAUACAAACACAGCAUGUUGAGAGGGAUUUAUGAAGUAUGCCAUCGAAAACUGGCUCAGGUGCAAUAAUAUACAUACCAAGUUUCAUAGUGAUCAGUUCAGGCAUUUAGAAGUUGACGGAGAUUCACAGACACAGACAGCAUGGCGAUCUUAUAAGCCUACUUUUAUUGUUUUCAAAAUAAGAAGAGUAGGCUAAAAA